CCCCGGCUGCACUUGAGCAAACGACGUCUUGUCUUCUGUCAAACGUCAACGACGACCACCACCACCACCACUUCCUUCACCACGCUUCUAAACCUCAUCAUAUUUGGGUACACCAUCUUGUGCUCACCCGGCAAAGACCGAAAUUUUCUCUUCAUCAUUAUCAUUUGCCUGCUUACUUUCUGUUUCUACAUCAUUCUUCUUACAGGUUCUAAUGAGGCUGUGCGAGCUAGGUCUCUGCCAAUGCGGCCACGGUCACAACGCGUCACAAAACGCAAGGCUGAGCACCAUAUCACAGCACAACCACUUUUCUACAACUCCACUUGAGCCUCUUCCUCACCAAAUUCUGAAAAGGGAUGUCGGCACCAAGACCAGCCCAAUUGCUGAUCCGGCAUAGUCAAAUGAAUUCUUAAUGUCCAUUGACCAAUCACGAUGUCUCCGGUAUGCCACGGCACCACCAAGUCAACUAUUAGCACCCACGAGGCUACCUCAGCCGUUUCAGACUGUGUCGGGCAUGCAGCGCACCAUACCAUCCCCACCAAGGAAGGGAAUCACAAUACCAAGACUUGCCACCCUCCUCCCCUUCCACACUAUGGUGGGAGGAGGGAACCUCCAUCGAUCCCCUUUCCAGGAAGAGCUCAUACAUUACAAUGACCGUCGUUCCAGGCACACCAACCCCAUACCCACGACCUCGUCAAGAGGUGAAUGCUCAGCCUCCGCCAUAGUAACACCGGACCAUUCCAUGAUGAACAGCAAUGAGAUGACUCCACUCCUCUCCCGUACCGAGUGUUCUUGGGGCCCGGAGAGCUUCCGAUAUGCCCGUCGUCUUGUUUCAGAAGACGCCCUCCCGUUGGUUACGACUUGGCUAUCCACUGAUCUGAUCGCCGUCGACGACCAGAGCAUAGCCACGGGCCAGAUCAGGUUCCGCAUCAGGUGCUUCUCGUGCAUCCGCUCCUUACCCAAGGUGCCACCGGCUCGCACCUGCGUGCAAAGAGUCUAUACGGGCCGGCAAAUCACAGGGCUGGAUAUCGGCUCUCCUGUGACGGAGUACCGUGACUGCAACUGCAUUUUCCUUGCCAUGAGUUUCAAGGGGCUCUGAGAUGAAGAAAUCAGGGUGAUCCACUUGAUCGUCUGGGCUAUGUGCAGAAGUGGUCCUGAAUACAUGAUCAAAGGUCACUCGCGCACCACGCUACUUGCGUUGCCGUCCGGGCCGUCACUGCAGAUGCUCCACAAGUUUCAAUAUCAGUUGGUGCUAGUCUACGCUGAAGCGAUGAUGAACAGCAGAGCACUGCCCGGAUGUGCUCCACGCGUAAGCGGUAAUUAGUGAUGUUUACGGUCCAACUGCAGAUUCUUUGCCCCGAACGGGCAGAUAGUGAAGACAAGAAAAGGGGGCAUAGGGCUGAACGGAUGGGGGUUGGGAAGCGAUACUGAGCAUGGCGCAGUGUGGAUGUCGUCUCGAGUAGACACGACAGUGAUGGAGUGUUCCACAGUAGUGCUGAUGAAGCGUCAUGGAUGGGGGUUGACACUAGAGACACACCAUUGCACAGCCGACCUCCGUUUUGGCCAUCCUCGAUGAAGAAGUGCCCAGUUGAGAAUCGUGCGCGCAUGCUUGCAUCGAAACGUUGGUGAGUCAAGAAACGGGCAUGCUUGGAUUGGGACGACGACAAGGCAACCAGGGUUCCUACCUGAAUACAGAGCCUGUAUUCAGGGAGUACCUGGCCGACAGACGUGCAUAUGACUUUUGACUGUGCCAGAAACUCAAUAUAUCGAUGGGGUGGUGGUUUUUCCACAGCCUCACCCACAUCACUUCAAUUACAUACGGCUCAGAUAGGCAUCAACUCCAUUUUUUUUAUUUUUUUAAAAGUCUAUGCAUAACUGU